AUGGCCUCCUACGCAUGCCUUUUCCCCGGGGCGUGGUCGAGGCGUCACCAACUUUGGUACCACUUGUGGGGACGCGCAGACGGGCCGAGCCCUGUGCGUCGGUCGUACCCUUUUCCAACUACACACAUGCAAAAACUAAAUGCCUCAGCAGACUUUGCCAGUUGCACUCUCAGUCAGGCUCACAUUCUUACGCAGCAGAGACGCAAACUAUUCCUCCACUUCGGGGCCAGCUCCGCGAGGUGGCAUGCAUAA